AUGUACCAGAAAUGCGUUGAAAACUACCCUCACAGCUGGGACAAGAGCUGUGCUCAACAAAAGCAAGCGUUGACAAAGUGCUCGGAAGAAAACGUUGGUAUUCUGAAAUACGUCAAGGAGCAUUGCACAAACCAGAUCAAGGGCUAUGACGAGUGUCUAUCGGCCAACCAAAGUGAACCGGAAAAGUGUAUCCAGGCUUUGAAGGAGCUGUACUACUGCACGGAAACUACAUCAGCAGCAUAUCGUCAGCAGCAUCAAUCCCCACAACAACAACAGCAACAGGAUGCUUCUGAAAAGAAGAAGUAG